AUGAUUAUUUCUGAUUUCGAACAUUUAAGGUGGAAAGAAGCUCCCCCCGAUUUUGCAAUUUUCGAUGACGCUCAUAUCAUUGCGUUAAUUGACAAGUCUAUUGGAAACGCCCUGAAAGUGAUGAGAAAUCAUCCUGAACGCUUUGAAAAUGAAAUAAAUAAUGACGUGAAUAAUUUUAUCAAAAGCAGCAGAAGAGCAAAGCCGGUAAUUAUUAGAUGCAAUGAUCGCAUAUGCCUGUAUUCCUGA